UUCUCCUCACUCGCCCGACCAUUCUGUCACUCGCGCUCGCCCACUCUCUUCAUCUCUCCCUCUCCUCCCUCUCUGCCACUCUCUCGAUCCCACCCCGUGCCCCGGGGAGGCUCUGAGCCUCAUUAUCUUCUUCUCCUUUCGUCGUGGUCUCAUCUCUCGCGAGACUAGGUCUUAUCUCUUCCUUCUUUCGUCGUCCAGACAGCGAGCGAGUAAGCAGGCGAGCAAGUAGAGCGAGCUCACGCGGAGCGACGAGCGAGCAGCUCAAUCGUUCAAUUUGCCCGACGAGUGUGGGGCACAUCUGCCCGAGUGCGCGGUAGGAUUGAUUGUAGUGCGUCGCGUCGUCCGACGUUGGGGUAGACGAGAGCCUGGGAAACGGAGGCGAGCAGGAGAGAGUAGUGGGGUGAGUGAUUGUGCGAGGGGUGCAGGGGCAGACGCAGGCGAAGGACGGCAUUCCGAGGUCCCGAAUGAUCAGGACCUGACAGCCCGGGGUGGCGCUGCGGUAGAUGAUUUACAGGGUCGCGUGUCAAUUUGCGGGCUUGAUUGAUUGAGUGACCGACGUUCGCUCGGAGGGCCGGCUCAUCGAUCGAUUCUCAGCUGUGAUUUCUGGUGAAAGCAAGCGGAGUGGGGACUGGGUUGAGCGGGGAAGAGGAGGAUGAAACGCAGGAGGACUGGGGAACAGGCAGCAUCAGCAGCAUUUCAGUUUUCGACGGUCGUGGAGGUGGUUGGGAAUCUGCGGACCAAAGUUGCCCACACUCUUCAGCCCGCUUAAGCUCGAGCAUCUCGCUCUGAGGUACGAGAGGGCAAGCCUCGGGUAGUCCAAUAGCUGCGGUCGGUCGCCACUCGAGCUAGCGCCUGUAGAAAGACGAAGACGAAGAAGAGAAAGAAGUCUCACGACGAGGGAGAGAAGCUCAGCUGCGUGCCUCACUCGCCCCUUUCUCACCUCGCGAGGUCGAGCUUGGGCACAAUGAGUCAAAAUGCGCAUGCUGCCGUGCUUAGUCGAGGUUCAGGUGCAGGGGGAGCGAUUGGGUUAGGUCACAGUGUUAGUAAUCCCCCGGGGAGUAGCAGCAACAUGAAUCUGAGCUCUGCGUCCUCCGUGUCGUGGAGUCUUGUGAACAAUGGCGCUCUGACAUCUGGAGCUUCCGGAAACCAGAACAUUUCGGCCUCCGCCAGCCAUCAGCAGCAGCAGCAGGAUGCCAAGGCUGCUGCUUCUCCGCAGAACAGCAAUCAGAGCGGCUCCACGCUGAAGGAGCACGACCUCCUAGGCUUAUCGGAGGUCUCGUCCUCGACCAGCCGAGGAAGCCCCGUCACCCAGGACAGUCUGCAGGACGAGUGCAAUGAUUUCGAGGAGUUGAAUCUGAAAUUGGGUCCUCCAGCAGUCCGCAAGAACUCGUACCCAAGAACUCAAGCCUCGGAGCCGCAGCCGCAGCAAGCUCCGGCAGUGCUCGAAAGUGGAAACUCCCACGCAGGCUCGGAGGUGAGCCAGCAAGCCACGGAGCAGGGGACGGCCUUCGCGGAGAAGAGCCCCUCGAGCGCAGAACAGAACGCCGCAGCCAACGAGCAGCAGCAGCAGCAGCAGGCCGAUCGAGGCCUGGCCAGCUAUGGCGUGCGCGGGGGUGGCGACAUGUCCCAAGCGGGGAUGGCCGAUGCCGCCUCGGGCAACCAGGGCUGCCGACCCUCCAUCGACAGCGAGGCCCUUAUGAAAUGGCACGCCGAGCAAGUCGGCGAUCGCAAGACGUCGAACGAGUCUCUCCGACUCGGAAUCUCUCUGCACUCGCAGCAGCGCGGGCCGGCGCAGGAUGGAGUCAGCGAGAAGAAGCCAUUUCUCAGCUCCGUCGACCCCAAACAGCAACAGCAGCAGCAGCAACCACAGCAAGACGAUCCAUGUUGGCAGGCAGACCGCAAUUUCCAAGACGACGUCUCGAACAUGGACAACAACAUCAUCAGCAACAAGCAAGAACGCCCCUCCGUGGUCCAGGAGCAGCAGCAACAACAACAACAGCAGCAGGUCGCCAAGCAACAACAGCAGCAGCAGCAGCACCUCGAGAGGCAGAAGCAGCAGCAGCAGCACGAGGCGUAUCAGAUGACGGAGAAGAGACCGCUCAUCGAGAGGAAGUGCCUGCCGGCGCUGCAGCAGCCGGAGCAGCAGCAGAGAUUUCAGAGCGUGCCCGAGCGGAGCCCACGGCUGCAGCAGCAGCAGCAGCAGCAGCAGGAGCCCAACGGGGGCAACAGAUUGUGGUCGAGCCAGAUGAAGUACCGCGAGUGCAUGGUGUCGUCGACGGCCUCGGACUUCCAGGCGCAGCAGGAUCUCGAGAGCAGGGCCGGCUACGCGGUCGCGGCGCAGGGCUUCGCCGCGCAGCAGCGCAACGUGUACGCCGCUGCCCCCUCCAACAAGCUCGGGGCUGUGGCCGGCGCCAAGCGCAACUUCGACUCCAUCACCGGCUCCGACGCCCGCAGCGCCAACGGCUCCGACGCGCGCAGCUUGCCCCUGCCCCUGCCCCUGUCCGGCGGAGGCCCCAUGAGCUCCAGCAACAGCCCCUCGUCCGAGGCCGAGGCCAAAGCCCUGUGCCAGCAGCAGAUGAAGGCGCAGAGCGGCCUGCCCAUGUACCCCUGGGGGCCUAAGGCCGCUAUCCCCAGCCAAUGGCACAUCGGCCUCGAGCAAUCCGGUGGCUCCUUCGGCCCCUUCCCCUCUCAGAGACCCGGCCGUGCCCCGAUGAGCAAGCCCCCGUCCGAGGCUGGCGUCGACGCCAAGGUCUGGGACGGCCAAGCCAAGAGCCACCAGGAAAUCGUCUCGACCGCCUCGCAGCAGCAGCAGCAGCAGCAGCAGAAGAUGUCCGCCCCUGCCGAAACCAAGCAGCAAUCGUCGAACGAGGCCGCCCCGUCGCCGGCUGCCGAUGUCGCCGUCUCGUCUGCCCCCAGAGCUGCCGCAGCCCCUCCUGCCGUAGGUUGGCCUCCCAUUCGAUCGUUCCGGAAGAACUUGGGCGUCACGCCGCGACAAGUGCCUCCCGAGACCCCUCCUCGACAGACCGCCCCACAACAACCAGCCGUGUCCACACCAUCGGUGGCUGGCCAGUCAAACUCCUGGUUUGUGAAGGUUCACAUGGAUGGUGUCCCAAUCGGGCGCAAGGUCGACCUGAGGACCAACAGCUCUUACGAGAAGCUCUCGCAAAUGCUGGAUGAGAUGUUUCGGACUUUUGUCAAUGGGCAAAAUGGAUCGAACAGAAUAACCCUCGCCUCCGAUAUUAAGCGCAAUUUCCUCCAAGGACCAGACUACGUCCUGACGUACGAAGAUCAAGAUGGAGAUCUCAUGCUCGUCGGAGAUGUGCCUUGGACGAUGUUCAUUGACACCGUGAAGAGAUUGCGGAUAAUGAAGGGAUCUGAAGCUAUUGGUCUCGGGACCAGAGCGGCCGAGAAAGCAAACAAGACGACUCAACCGAACGUGUGAGCCAUGAAGUAUUAGUAGUAGAUUUUGUAUUUCUUUCUGAGAGGUGAACAGCCGUUGAGUACAAAUCAACCCAGGGCUCUCGUAACGGGAGCCAACAAAUUUUCACUAUCCUCUUGUGCAGCAGGGUUUGUAGGGGAUGAGGGCGAGACCAGCUUGGAACUGAACAUAGAACAAAUCAAUUAAUCAAUGGGCCCUAGUUUUUUGCCCGUUCUAUCUAUGACAGGGUUUUCUCCAUGGUCAGAACUUCUAUAUAACCUGAGGAUUUUACUGUAUCAUUCUACUUACAUCUGUAAUGUCAAUCAAGCGGCACAUAAGUAAUUAAGUUCAUGGAAUAGAGGAUAUAUGACCCUCCGCCUUCUCCAAUUUCUUCUUGGGACUUCCUUCCAGAGUACCAAGCUUUUAGCUUAGAUCCCCUUCCAGUUUUUGCUGAGGUUUCUAGAGAACACAAGGUAGGGCAUUGAAAUUGUAGAAUGAAGGCAAAACUGAAGUCUUCCCUGGGAUUCUUCCAUGUACCAGAGUUCUUAACUCAUAAUUUCGGUUUCAGAACACGGUUUCUGAAUUGUUUACCAUCAUUCACCGAUUGCGUCGCUUUGUGCUCGAAGACACCAGUGUAUACUUC